GCUGCGAGACACAUUCUGCACGGCGUUACGCCGCUCGCCGACGUGCUACGCCUUGACUCCCCCGCCAAGAUCAACUCCAAGCUGAGCAGUUUCUUGAGCUGCCCAUGUCGCACCAACCACAUGUUCAUGGCUGCCGUAUGCCCCCAGGAUGCAACCAUUAGGGUCUACAGCAUCAGAGCCCGCUCCCCCGUCCUGAAAUGCGUCCUGUCACCGCGCGAGCUCGGCUUGGAUGAUAAAGCAGACCCGCCGCAGGUAACAUUCGAGGUGAUGCUGACUGCGUUCCAUGACAUGCACAGUCUAAGAGAACGCUACCAGUGCAUGGAGAAGCUGGCAGUGCUGUACCGCUACCGCGUGCUUGGCGUUCCAAAAGGACCCUUCAUGCAAGAGGCUUCGAGACAGUCUGAAGAAGUAUUGAAGCUCGUCACAUGGCGCUUCACCUCUUCCUUUGACGUGUCUAUCGAGAAUAUUCGAGACGUUUACCUUGAAGACGGCUUCGAGCCCACUGCGAUGGCGGUUGAUGAACAUGGCACAGCAAUGAUAACUUUCAAGAAAUCUGGGGGACUGAGGGCAGCCUCCCCCUGGAAGAUGACUAGCUACAGCAAGUCCUCUUCCAAGUACUAUGAUUCUUUUCCCCACAUGACUACAUAUACGCCGUCGUUAGCUUUCGAGGAGCAGAACGAGCCGCCGCCGGAUGCCAUCUCACUCGCCCAAAAUACAACUUUGCUGUCAAAUCCCGGAAAUCCCACGCCAUAUUGGUUCAUAGACGACCGCAGGCUUGAGCUCAGAGGAAACAUAAGCGUAAUCAUCUCGUCUUUAACGAUCUCAGCAGAACAGUUCACAGGACCCUCCUUGGGCAUUCCCUUUGCAGCCCAUCAUACGCACAGAUUGAAGGAUGUCGUGAAUGAUGAGGAGUAUUGCAUCAACUCCGUCCUUCAACUCUACAUCCAAACAAGCGGCGUCCGCCGUGGUGCUUACAUCAUAAAAGGUGUCCAAUAUCCACCCGGAGAUGAGAGGUACGACAUGCGGAGACACUACCCUUCGCUAGAACAUUUCGUCGUUGCGCAACUCGUCGGUUUGCCGCUAACCAAGAACUCCUUGUCAUCACUUGGUACGAUUGUCGCCAUAUCACCAGGCGGCACGCGCAUCGCCAUGGCCAGCUGGGACCGUGUGUUAGUCUGGGCGAUACGCCCGACGGCGUUCUUCAAGCGUUGGCUGCCAGCUGAUUCCAAAAGAUCGCGUGUGACGGAUGCACUUCUCGACGACUCUUCAGAUUCUUCCUCUUCUGUCGAUUUGGACGGUGAAAGCGACUCUCCAAAGCCCCCGUCGCCUUCUACAGAUGAAGAAGAAGACCAUGCAUAUCUCCACCGCUGCGGACACGACUACUACGCUAGCAACCCCCUUCUCUGCUUCCCUCAUACCCAAGACCCCCACUUGGACUACAUCAUCCCCCCCUCAGUGUCAGCAAAAGGCGGCCGCAAACAAACAGCAACCACGACCACCAGCUCCGACACCAACGUGAAUGGCGCCACCAAUAACCAACGCAACACUAACAACGACGACAGCUCCAACUCCAUCGUGUGCUUAGAGCCCGUCGAGCUGCCGCGCCAGGGCGUCGUCUUCAGCUUGAGCUUCGGCGGCGAAGACAACAGCGGCAUCAGCGCCACCGCCAGCUCUGAGAACGUGCUCUGGGCGUGGACGGACCGCGGCGCCGUGCGCUGGAGCUUUAGGCCCGGUUGCCGUGGCGAGCGCGACACUGAGAAGUUGGAGUGGGAGGUCAGCGAGGGGGCGGAGAAAGGUGCCAGCAAGGUCUGGCAGGUUCCGGCAAUGAGAAUGUCGUCUUCUAGACGAUAAUGUGGGAGACAUUGUGGUGUGAUGCGAUGCGAUGGGGACGAAAAGACCAUGGAUCAGAUCAGCUUCACGCCUGCCGAGCGCUCGCACUCCAUUUCACCGAACGAUCUGGGCAAUG